GGGAUGAGCUGAUUGAUCAGCUCCUCGCCCCAUCCCGUCCCCACCCCCACACUCCCAGAGGAUCUAUAAAUGCCGGCACGGCCCAUGUCCUGCACAGGCUGAACUCCGCUCCGCUCUGCCCCGGACCAGCUGCCCAGACACACAGAGGGAAGAGAGAAGAUGGGACCAGUCGCCUACACCAGCCUCUGCCUCCUCGGCUGCCUGAUGCUGGGCCCCUCGCUGGCACGGGCCCAAGGCGCAGGCUGUCCUGCAGGCUGGACACCCCACAACGGCAACUGCUACGGAUACUUCCCACGGAGGAUGGCCUGGAGACAAGCGGAGGGUCAGUGCCAGAGCUUCGGUGCAAAGUCCCACCUCGCCUCUAUCCACAGUCCGGAGGAGCAGAGAGUCAUCGCUGACCUCAUCGCCCGUGCUCACGGCUAUGACGAUGAAGUCUGGAUCGGACUCCACAUCGCUGGACGGAGUGACAACUGGGUAUGGGUCGAUGGCUCCCCCACCGUCCAUGAGGCCUGGCACAAGUACAGGAGACAUUACUCUCGGAAGGGGGAGAACUGCGCAGCCCUGGAAGAUGACUCAGGUUACAUGACCUGGGACAAGGACUCCUGCUACGACAGAAACGCCUUCGUCUGCAAGCUCACCCUGUAAUGGAGCAACUUGUCACUGCUCAGGAUGGCUGGGAGUGGGCACGCUGGGCCCUUCUGCUCCUCAGAGGGGCUGUAUCCACUGUCUCCAGCUCCCAUGUCCCCUCUCCCAAGGCAUCGUCAUGUGAACUCCUGAAUCCAUCACCUUCUCCUCUGCCCCUUCUCUGUGUGGUGGGGGACUCCCUCGCUCUCUGUGUCUCUCCUCUGUGCACACUGCGGUGAUAAUAAACUUCCCCUUGAGCAUUCA